AUGAGCGAGGGUACAAGCUUCGACCAAGACUCACUCCUGGUUGGAUUCCAUCUUGGCUUGGCAAAGACGUGUGGCCACCGCAUUGUGAAGACUUCCACAACCACAUUGGUACAGGAUGCCGUUCGAAAGGUUAACAAUCAGCAGGUCAUUCUGAAGAAGGUCGACACCAGAAGAUACCCACAUGAAGAGGAAAUCUCAAGCUACUUCUCUUCGAAAGAGCUUUCCGAUAUACCCCAAAACCAUUGUGUUCCGAUUUUAGAAACCAUUCGUGUCCCAGAUGAAGAGCAUGUCGUCAUUCUCGUCAUGCCUUUGCUACGACCAUGCAAAGAUCCGCCUUUUGAGACGAUUGGAGAAGUUGUCGAAUUUUUUAGACAGGUAUUUGAGGGUAUGCUUUUUAUGCAUCAACAUCGAAUUGCUCACCGCGACUGUCAUGCGCCCAACGUUUUGGUGAAUGCCGAUGCGAUGUACCCUGGUGGAUUUCAUCCUGCAAAACAAAACAUGGCUCCCGAUUGGAAGGGGAAAGCAAAGCAUUUUACUCGGACAGAGCACGUACCAAAGUAUUACUUCAUUGACUUCGGGCUCUCGGUUCGUUUUGGUCCAGACGAUUCUACUCCCCGCGCGCGAGUGGUUCGGGGAGGUGAUCGCGAUUAUCCUCCCGAACUGGAGGAUAUGAACGUUGAAUAUGACCCAUUCCCAACUGACGUCUUUCACCUGGGUCAUCUAAUCAUACACGAAUUUACAGAGGGCAAUCAGUCUCUUGGGGUCAAGAAGACAUUGGGACUCGAGUUCAUGGAGGGGCUAGCUGCAGACAUGACAAACCCCGAUCCCUUAAAACGGCCUACGAUGGACGAGGUCGUGGCAAGUCACCUCCGCCUCUUGUGUUUGAAAGUCCGGUCCGGUCCGGUUAUUGAGCCCUUGAGGGCUCUAACCGAGACCGAGACCGGUUACCUUGUGCCACGAAACCCAAAAUAA